AUGCAGUUCUCCAAGAUCACCAUUCUUCUCACCGCUGCCGUCAUGUACGCCGCCGGCGUCAGCGCGUCUUGCCAACAGAUCAAGUGCGACAAGACUUGCGGCUCAGGUGGUGCUAAGAAGAACUUCUGCGGUUCCAUCCAAUGCAACGAUCUCAACGUCGGCCGAAUCACGUGCUGCGAUGAUGUGCAGUGCACCCAGUAG